CGAAUUUUUCUCACCACGAGGAAUGAGGCUUGAGACAACCAGCACAAAACAGCUCUUACCCCAAUCUUUUCCCAUUGUACUGAGGAACGUGAUUGUUUAUUGAAUUGAAUUUUAACAUGAGAUUAUUCAAAUGUGCUCGGUAGGUUGUGAAACUGAAACAAAAAAUAAAACAAAAAGCAGAACAGAGAAAAACAGAAGAGAAAAACAGAGAAAAACAGAGAAAAACAGAGAAAAACAGAGAAAAACAGAGAAAAACAGAAGAGAAAAACAAAAAUCACCACCGAAAAAACCGUACCGACUACAAUGCUCAUUUGAAUUUAGUAUAGCAGGAGAGUCGUAAGUCAAUUAAUUGACAAUUGAAAAUAACAAAUUGGUGUCUAAACUGACAAUAUUUCCCUCACUUUAAGCUAUCGUCUCCAUUUUGUGUGUGUGCGGUAUUUAUUAUAAUUGGUCAACAGUAUCGAACAAGUUGAUGAAUCGUAUCUUAUCAAUCAAAUGAUAAAUACCUCAAUUGAUUGAGUGGUCUCUCUAAUCAGAACUAAAAGGCUGAUUUGAAAUUAGCCAUAUUACUAUCAUAGGAUAAGCAAGGAAAUCCACUAGUCAUUCAAGUAAAAUUUGAAUUACUUUUGCAACCAAGGUCGCACCAUUUCACGUAUACUCAAUGGGUUUGGUUGGUGAACGCACUCUCCUAUAUACUUUUAAAACCCCUUUAGUCUUGCUUUUUUUUUUAUUUAUUUUGUUCUUCAUCUUUUAAAGACCUGCUUCCAAUUGCAUAUUCGAAGUCGGAAGUAAACUCCAGUU